AUGAAGUACCCUCUGGUGCCGCUGGUGAACAACCUCACAUUUUCUUUCCUGGUGUUCUGGCUCUGCCUGCCUGUGGGUUUGUUGCUGUUCUUGUUGAUCAUCUGGUUGCGCUUCUUACUUAACCAAGAUUCAGAGGAAAAUGCUUCAGAUUUAUACCUCAAUUGGGAGCCCUGGAGCAAAGGCCCAGCUGAGUUCUGCUGGAAGGGGGCGCUCCAUGACCAAGAGGAGGACAGGCUCUGCUGGUCAGCCUGCUCUGCCAGUGUGCCUGGGUCACAGCAUUGGCCACAGUGGACAGGAGAGACUCGCCUGGGAGGGGAGAGGACUCUGGCACCAGAGGAGCCUCCCUGGGACCCCCAGCCUGUCUCCUCCCCAGUUAGAUACGAAGCCUCCAGAGGAACCAGUGCUUCUCCACCAUCCCAGACGACCUCGUGGCCCUGCAGGGAGGAGCCCGUGAAGAUGGCAUGA